AUGUCAGACCACGAGGAGAACGAUUUCGACUACGGCAAUGAUGGAUAUGAGCCUGAGAUGUACGACGAUGUGAUGGAGCAGGAUAUGGUGGAUGAGAACCAGGAGCAGGAGCAACAAGAAGCCAUUGCCAUUCUCGAAGAUGCCAUGCAACAAAACGGUGCUAUCAACGCUGCAGCUGAUGCCACUGAGAGCAAAGAAAAGACCACCACUCCCUAUAUGACAAAAUAUGAGCGAGCACGUGUAUUAGGAACCCGUGCAUUGCAGAUCAGCUUGAACGCACCAGUGAUGGUUGAGCUUGAUGGCGAAUCGGAUCCUCUCGUUAUUGCUAUGAAAGAGCUCAAGGAAAAGAAGAUUCCCCUUAUUGUACGGCGGUUUUUGCCUGAUGAUACAUACGAAGAUUGGCACGUCAAUGAAUUGAUUACAGAGUAG